CUGAACGCACGCGAGGAAAAUGGGGACGAGUACGAACCUUCCACAAUUUCCGGUUUUCAGCGCAGUAUCCAGGAUAGCAAUGCCUAUAUGAGAAGAACUAUCUGUUUGAAAAAUCCAGAAGGCUACUUCCUGAGAAACGUAAGUCACUGGUUGAACAGCAGUACGAAGGAAACAAGCUGCAAGGUACUCAGGCGAUUGACGAAAGUGAGGAAGAUUCUCGUUUUUAAGCUGGGUAAUUAUGCGACUCCAGUAUAGUUACACUUCAGGAAACAGUAUGGUGGUAUUUGUCCCUAUAUUUCGGUAUCCGGGCCAGAGAUGAAAGCUGUAAAUUACGCUGAGGAGACGUGCAACUUCAACAACAGGAUGAUGGCCAAGAUAUCUUGGUUUGGUUAGCCGAUCGAGAUACGGUCAGGAACAAGGACACCAAAGAGCACACCAGCCUAAGCUUUAUGCCACCAAUACUAGAGAUGUCCAGUCAGCUUCUCCAAGAAAUCCCGCUGUCAUCGGCCGGUGGAGAUGAAUACACCAGAGUCACUGUUUCAUCUGGCGGCCCGCUA